AUGCACCGUCUAGGUUUGGGAUUGUUAUGGCGGCAACCCCGUCUCCAUCGGGAGGUCAUGGCGCUUUCGGGUGUCUUGUCCGUUUCCCUCCGCAAGGGGGGCCCGUGGGUACCCAACCGUGCUGACAAACUGAACCAACGGGGUUGUUUCGGCAGCUCCGGAGUCUUGUUUCGAGACAUCUGCCAGAUGGGGAGUUUGGCUGGGGCGGCAUAUCUGUUACACGACAACGCAGGUGUCCUAAGGCGAGCUCAGUGGGAACAGAAAUCUCACGUAGAACACAAGCGUAAAAGCUUGCUUGAUUAA